ACAUGUGGUCAAGGGACAACUUGUGGAUCUAUCCUUCUACUGUGUGGGCCCUAGGGUUUAAACUCAGGUCAUCAGGCUUGAUGGCAACCCAUCAAUCCAUCUUGCCAGUCCUCCUUCUUUGUUUUUCGUUUUGUCAGGAUGUUGCCUUGUAGCUCAUUCUGGCCUUGAACUCUAGACAUCCUACCUGGAUCACUUAUGUGUGCCAUGAUGCCCUGUUACAUUAUGUUUUGAGUUUCCGAUUUAGUGCUGGGAUAGCACCCAGUGCCUGCAGUAGUAAAGCUAAGCACAUGCUUUACUACUGAGCAACCUCUGUUUCGUCUGUCUCCUGCUUCGGUUUAUUUAUAAAGCCCAGCAUGCUUGGGUGGCGGAAUAUAGGCAGUGAAAUGAGCAUGUGCUUAGCUCUAUGAGUCUCUGUGGUCGAGUCUGGAACUUCAGACUAAGUAAAAUUUUGAUUUCUGUGACAAAUGCCUCUAAUCUAGCACUUGAAGGUAGGGUAGAGGAGAAUCCAGAAUUGAAGGUCAUAUUCCCCUGUGUAGCAAAUUCAAGACCAGCCUAAGCUACCAGAGAUCCUACCUUGAAAAACCAACCCUGGGAGGGAGAUAGCCUGAUGGAUAGGAAUGCUUGCUGCACAAGCAUGAAGAUCUGGGCUAGAAUUCCCAGUGUCCUCGUAAAAAGCUGGACUGGACAUGGCCUCAAGAAGGAUGUAGCCCUACUAUGUAGGUGGGGCAGAGACAGGAGGGUACCAGGGGCUUUCUGAGUGCCAGCACAGCUCUAGGUUUGGUGAGAGGCUCUGUUGCAAGGGGAUAAAGUGGGGAAUGAUAGAGCAGGACACCUAAAGCCUUCUCUGUCCUUUCACGUGUACCCACAAAGACUUGUGUGCAUGUACCACACAUUUGCAAGAUUGUCAGUGGUAGAGCAUAUGCCCAUAGGAAUGCUCUAGAACUGCAGAAGAGUCCAAGCUAGGCUUGAUGGUGCACACCUGUACUCCUGGCACUUGGGCAGUGGAAGCAGAAGGAUUUAGACUCUGGAGCCAGCCUGGGUUGCAUAAAAUCCUGACACCCUCUCUGCUGCCCCCCAGCAUGCUAUAUAGGAAGAAAUGAAACAUGGGCAAACAGAAAACCCUCAGUGUGUGGCUGGAUUCAGAUAGGUCUUCUGGAAUCCUGCUGUCUUCCUGUGAAGGGAAAUUGGAGUGAGUUGCUUGGCUACCUGGGAAGACAGAUGUGUCCUGCUGUGAUCCAGCCCUUUAUAGUUGAAGUAUUGGUAACACCAAGGAAAGCUGUCACAAUUUGAAAAGAUAUCCAAGACUGAUUUCCAGACACUACAAGAAAAAAGGAAGGAAAAAUGGCAUUGUACCAUCAUCACUUCAUCACAAGAAGAAGAAGGUUUUCGCAUUUCCAGCGUCCCAUGAGAAUUUUUGUGAACGAUGAUCGCCAUGUGAUGGCAAAGCAUUCUUCAGUGUACCCAACGCAAGAGGAGCUGGAGGCCGUACAGAAUAUGGUAUCUCACACUGAGCGGGCCCUCAAGGCUGUCUCUGACUGGAUUGAUGAGCAGGAGAAGGGCGGCAGCGAGCUCGCUGAGGCAGAAAAUAUGGAUACGCCCCCAGAUGAUGAGAGCAAAGAAGGGGCUGGGGAACAGAAGGCGGAACACAUGACUAGGACCCUGAGGGGCGUGAUGCGGGUCGGCCUGGUAGCCAAGGGUCUUCUGCUCAAGGGGGACUUGGAUCUGGAGCUGGUUCUGCUCUGUAAGGAGAAGCCCACAACUGCCCUUCUGGACAAGGUGGCUGACAACCUGGCCAUCCAGCUCACUACUGUAACAGAAGACAAGUACGAAAUACUCCAGUCUGUGGAUGAUGCUGCGAUUGUGAUAAAAAACACAAAAGAACCCCCCUUGUCCUUGACCAUCCACCUGACCUCCCCUGUUGUCAGAGAAGAAAUGGAGAAAAUAUUAGCCGGAGAAACGCUAUCAGUCAACGACCCCCCGGAUGUUCUGGACAGGCAGAAAUGCCUUGCUGCCUUGGCGUCCCUCCGACACGCCAAGUGGUUCCAGGCCAGAGCCAAUGGGCUGAAGUCAUGUGUCAUUGUCAUCCGUGUCCUAAGGGACUUGUGUACCCGAGUGCCCUCCUGGGGUCCCCUCAGAGGAUGGCCGCUGGAGCUGCUGUGUGAGAAGUCCAUCGGCACUGCCAAUAGGCCCAUGGGUGCUGGCGAAGCCCUGCGAAGAGUGCUGGAGUGCCUGGCCUCCGGCAUCGUCAUGCCAGAUGGUUCUGGCAUUUAUGACCCUUGUGAAAAAGAAGCCACUGAUGCUAUUGGGCAUCUAGACAGACAGCAACGGGAAGAUAUCACACAGAGUGCGCAGCAUGCUCUGCGGCUCGCUGCUUUUGGUCAACUCCAUAAAGUCCUAGGAAUGGACCCCCUGCCUUCCAAAAUGCCCAAGAAACCAAAGAACGAGAACCCAGUGGACUACACUGUUCAAAUUCCCCCCAGCACCACCUACGCCAUCACACCCAUGAAACGCCCCAUGGAAGAGGAUGGGGAGGAGAAGUCUCCCAGCAAAAAGAAAAAGAAGAUCCAGAAGAAAGAGGAGAAGGCCGAACCUCCCCAAGCUAUGAAUGCCCUGAUGAGGCUGAACCAGCUGAAGCCGGGGCUGCAGUACAAGCUGAUCUCCCAGACAGGUCCUGUUCAUGCCCCCAUCUUCACCAUGUCUGUGGAGGUAGAUGGCAGUACCUUUGAGGCCUCAGGGCCAUCUAAAAAGACUGCCAAACUACAUGUGGCUGUAAAGGUGUUACAGGACAUGGGCUUGCCAACAGGCGCUGAAGGCAGAGACUCCAGCAAAGGGGAGGACUCGGCUGAGGAGUCAGAUGGGAAGCCAGCCGUAGUGGCUCCACCUCCUGUGGUAGAAGCUGUCUCCAACCCCAGUUCUGUCUUCCCUUCAGAUGCCACGACUGAGGACGUCAAACAGCAGGGGCCCAUAUUGACUAAGCAUGGCAAGAACCCAGUUAUGGAGCUUAACGAGAAGAGGCGUGGCCUCAAAUACGAGCUAAUUUCUGAGUCGGGGGGCAGCCACGACAAACGGUUUGUUAUGGAGGUUGAAGUGGAUGGUCAGAAGUUUCAAGGUGCUGGUUCAAACAAAAAGGUGGCAAAGGCUUAUGCUGCUCUUGCUGCGUUAGAAAAGCUUUUUCCUGAUGCCCCCCUUGCCCUUGAAGCCAACAAAAAAAAAAGAACCCCUGUACCUGUUCGAGGUGGACCCAAAUUUGCUGCCAAGCCACACAACCCUGGCUUUGGCAUGGGAGGCCCCAUGCAUAACGAGGUGCCUCCACCUCCCAACCUUCGAGGCCGGGGUCGAGGAGGGAACAUCCGUGGGCGAGGACGAGGGCGAGGAUUUGGUGGCGCCAACCAUGGAGGAGGCUACAUGAAUGCUGGUGCCGGAUAUGGAAGCUAUGGGUACGGCAGCAAUUCGGCCACGGCAGGCUACAGUCAGUUCUACAGCAAUGGAGGGCAUUCUGGGAAUGCCGGUGGUGGAGGCAGCGGGGGCGGUGGUGGCUCCUCCAGCUACAGCUCCUACUACCAAGGAGACAGCUACAACUCACCAGUGCCCCCGAAACAUGCUGGGAAGAAGCCGCUGCAUGGGGGCCAGCAGAAACCCUCCUACAGCUCGGGUUACCAGUCCCACCAGGGCCAGCAGCAACCCUACAACCAGAGCCAGUACAGCAGCUACGGCACGCCGCAGGGCAAGCAGAAAGGCUUCGGCCAUGGGCAGGGCAGCUACUCCUACUCCAACUCCUACAGCUCCCCUGGUGCUGGGGGGGGCUCCGACUACAGCUACGACAGCAAGUUCAACUACAGUGGUAGUGGAGGUCGCAGUGGCGGGAACAGCUAUGGCUCCAGCGGGUCCUCCUACAGCGCGGGCUCACAUGGGGGUUACGGCGGCGCAGGGGCCGGGGGCGGCGGCUCUUCAUACCAAGGCAAACCAGGAGGCUACUCAUCACAGUCGAACUACAGCUCCUCUGGGUCCAGCCAGAGCUACAGCGGCCCUUCCAGCUCCUACCAGUCCUCACAAGGUGGCUACAGUCGGAACACAGAGCACAGCAUGAACUACCAGUACAGAUAA